CACCAAUAUACAACCCACAACUCACACCAAACAACCCAAUCUCAUCUACGCAACUGCAUCACAAAGAUGGGAAACAACACAGAUGAGGAGCCCAAGAUCGGCGAAAGUAGCACUGAUGCGUAUUCUCCUGAAAAAUACCGCAAAUGCCUCCAAGAGAUAGAAGAGAAGGGCAUUGGAAAAGCCCGCCAGGAGCUAAAGGACAAGGGAAUGUGGCCGGCGAAGCCAGGAGACAUACUUGACAAGAUACACGCGAUAAAAUGGUCACCGACUAUGUCCGAGGAAGAUUCCAAGCGCAAUGUUCAGGAUUUCAACCGCCUCUUUGAAGAGUUCAUUACAUGGGCAGUCGAAGACCUCAAUGCGAACAAAAAUAACCCUGAGACUGUGAAGUUCCAUCAGUUUCUUUGCGCCCAGCUCACAGAGGUUGGAAACAAUGCUGUUGCAAUGGCCAAGGAUAACAAAUAGAGUCACCCCAUAAUAUGGCUAGCCAGUCUCUUGUUAUACGUCAAAGCACUUCGCAAGGACUCGUACGGAAUUGGUAUUCAAGGCGUGAAAGUCUCGCGGAAAUGGACAGAUAAAGCCUUCAGAUUUGAGAAUUGAAACCGAAUUAACC